GCGGGGCCUGCGCGAGGGCUCCGAGCGGAGGCGGCGGCCGGACGGCAUGUGAUGGGGAACUGCAGCUGGACUCAGUGCUGCGGGCUGCUCCGCAAGGAAGCUGGGCGGCUGCAGCGCGCAGACGGCAGAGGAUCCAAGUAUUUUAUAACAUGCUGGAGGGGUGAGCACUUGACUAUAGAGUUUGAGAAUCUAGUAGAAAGUGAUGAAGGGGAGAGCCCAGGAAACAGUCAUAGGCCUCUUACUGAGGAAGAAAUCGUUGACCUACGAGAGAGACAUUGUGAUUCUAUUGCUGAAAAGCAGAAAGAUCUUGAUAAGAAAAUCCAGAAAGAGUUAGCCUUACAAGAGGAGAAACAGAGAGGUGUGCAGCACUACCAUCCCUCCAGCAGCAGUGACCAUCAAAGUUCAGGACCAGAAGAUGACUUUGAAUCUUGUAUGAGAAAUAUAAAGUCACAGUAUGAAGUUUUUCGAAGUAGUAGACUCUCCUCAGUUGCCACAGUGUUAACACCAAAUACAGAAAGCAGCUGUGACUUAAUGACCAAAACGAAAUCCACCAGUGCAAAUGAUGACAACACGUCCUUAGACCUGGAGUGGGAAGAUGAAGAAGGAAUGAAUAGGAUGCUUCCUAUGAGAGAGCGUUCCAAGACAGAGGAGGACAUCCUCCAGGCAGCAUUUAAGCACAGCAGCUGGAAGACUGGAAGUAACCCCGCUUUGGCCUCUGAUGACUCCAAUGGGCUGGACUGGGAGAACGAUUUUGUUAGUGCUGAGAUGGAUGACAACGGCAAUUCUGAGUAUUCUGAAUUCAUAAGUCCUGUAUUAGAACUGUCUGAUUCUGACAUCAAGCAGUCUGACACAGAUCAGCAGAUUCGAUAGUGUAAAAUUGUUUGAUCCUGUUCAUCAGUUUUGAGCAAAUGUUUAAAAAAACAACAAGAAUGUAGCUGUGGCUUACUGAACCUUUUUGUAAGGGGCAGUGAGGAGCCACACUGCAAAUGCUUACUUGAUUAGGAAGAUGUAAGAGUGGUCGGAUAGACAUGAAUUGCUUCAGAAUUAAGUGCAAUUUUAUCAUCGGCCUUCUGCAUUUUAAGACCAAUUUAAUGAUUCGGUCAUGUUAUUAAUUAAAUUUCUAUUAACUCUUACGGUAUUCCUGUUCACUUGUAGGU